CACCGAAUGAGAUUUCGAUUUUAAUUGUUUCAGUGUAAUAUAAAAUUAUUAACAUUAUUGCACUGUUAAACUCAACAUCCGCGCCACCGGGUACAGAAGGUGAUGUAAAUAGUAAUGAAUAUUUAUUAGUGACAUCAGACACCACACGACGUUGAAUAACUUAGACGCAAAAGAGAGAAUUUUCAUUGGCUGAUAAGAUCCAAUGCCAUAUCUGUUUAGGGACUGUGAUUGGUCCUGGAUGGGAAACGCAUGUCGCGUGUGCUUAUAGGCUACCGCUUGCAAUCGUCAGUAGUGAUACAGCAUUUUGGCAACUAGUUGCAAAUAUUAGUUACAUUUUCAUUGUUUCUAUUUUUUAUUUUUGUAACAAUAGCCUCUUAGCCGUGAUGGACGCACUCCUUUCCAGGCUCUUCUCCUCGGAAGAAGAGGAACUGUACAUGUUGGACUGCAUGGCUUACUCAAUGGUUUUCAUGGCAGCCUGCACUUUCGUUACUUUGCUUUUCGAAAAUGUCCCAUACGGACGAUAUGCAACCAGCAAAUAUGGAUUUCCGGUUAAUGUCAGGCUUGCUUGGUUCGUUCAGGAGCUGCCUGCGUUCCUGGUGCCUUUGUGUCUGGUAGUUUGGACAUCCUCUGCGAAAACCUCUCUGCUGCCCAACCAGCUGCUCAUUGGCAUGUAUUUCUGCCACUAUGUUCAGAGAUCCCUUAUUUAUCCAUUUUUAAUCCGAGGAGGUAAACCAACACCAUUCGCCUCAUUUGUCCUGGCCAUUGUUUUCUGCAUCUAUAAUGGCUACAUGCAGAUCAGGUACCUGAGCCAUUAUGCUGAGUACCCUGCAUAUUGGGUUACACAUCCAUGCUUCAUCGCAGGGUCCGUGCUGUGGUUGGUCGGGUGGCUGGUGAAUGUGCACUCUGACCACAUCCUGAGGAACCUGAGAAAGCCCGGAGAGACUGGUUACAAGAUUCCCACAGGUGGAAUGUUUGAAUAUGUGUCUGGAGCCAACUUCUUAGGUGAGAUAACCGAGUGGGCUGGCUUCGCUCUGGCUAGCCACUCUGUUCACAGUUCAGCUUUUGCCAUCUUUACCACAGUGGUCCUCGCCAGCAGGGCUGUGGCCCACCACAAAUGGUACCUCGCCAAGUUCGAAGACUACCCUAAAAGUAGGAAGGCCCUGAUUCCCUUUCUGCUCUAAAAACAAAGUGGGUACUAGAAGCCUGAAAAGCUACUGGUUCUUACUGUGGCUAAGAAUAACAUUUGCACAAUACGUUCUUAUAAUGUAGGAAAGCUGCUGCUGUUGUUGGUUUUCUUUUUCUUUUUUACUGAAAACCGAAUGAAUCACAGGAUGCAUGCUUUUAAAUGCUCUGCAAGCAAGCAACGGCUAGUAUCAUUACCUUUGCUCAUUACUUUGUUAAUAAUGUCCAUAAAGCACAAAAUAACCUCAACAACCAUGAACUGAAUGUACUGAAAGCGCUAUGUUUGCUGGAGAGGCAACAUUCAGCGCCCCUCCAGAGGAAAUAACCUAUGAAAUGGAGUAUACCUCAACAGUAAUACAGUGGAUUUAUAACACUCGGCACCAGCAAAGAAAGAUUUUUAAGACUCUCCGCUGAUAUUCUCCCAGAUGGAACAUAAACUUGGAAAUGCAAAGCAGACACUUAAAAAGUUUUUCAUUCACUGUCUCGAGUCAUCUGUUGCAAGUGCAUCUUUUUAACAUCCAUUUGAAUUACACAGAUGAAAGACGAAGGACCUCGAAUGAAGUCCCAAUACAUUUCCCUACCUCAUUUUGCUCUGGGUAAAGACUUUUUUACUACUCACCUCAUCAUCUAAAACUCCUGGAAUGAAAAGCCCCUUUGGAACAAAGGGUAACUGCAUCGCUUUCCUGUAAAGACUUGAGACUGUAGCAGGCCUGUCCACAGCUCCUGGGCCGCAGGGAAAUCAAGCAUGGCCCUCAAUAACUCAGCCGUGCCUGAAAUGAGAAGAAGAUAGUGUUGCCUCAACACAUCACUCCUGUCGGGGCUUCUGAGAAAGAGAGCAAAGAAGAACUGGUGGAGAGAUGAAUGAGUUAUGUUCAACGCAGGAGCACAUUUGACCUAAACGACGCUGAAUGGAUGAGCUUGUGUGUGUGACUGAAUGAAAAGAGGGAGCCUGGGAGAGAAGAUAAGAAAAUUAAACAUUGGAAUCAAUCUUAAGAUUCUGUUUUUGUUUCAUAAUCCCUUUUACCAUGAGCUAAAUAAUCUUAUGAGUGGGAGUUGGGACUUUUCUGAAAUCAUGUCUUAUUUUAUAGAUACUAACAAUGUGAUCUGCCUUAUGUUCAGUAUUUCUCAUAAUAGGUUUAGAUAGGAAACAAGUGCAAUUAUCUCAUCAACGUUUUCACAAGUUUAAUUCGUAUGCAAGUGAAAAUGACACGAUUGCACCAAAGCUAGGUUAAUACUGAACCGUUCCCUAUCCCAUAAAGUGCCAGCUGCAGUUUCCUCCCAUAACUCUAAAUCAGUUAUCCCUUUCCAGUCACAGCCAAGGCCACGUCAUUAUGAAUUUUAUGAAUGUGUUGUAUUUGAAAAGAAAUAUACAUUUUGUCAUCGUUUUUACACAUGGUCUCAUCAAUAAAUCAUAAGACCUC